CUUGCUCAUCAAAUUGCAAGGAGAGUCUGUCUCGAAGGCUUGAGAGCUUCUUGCAUCUCUCUUUGCCCUGGCACGCCAGUCGCGCUCAGUCAGAUGCUCAGCACACUUGCAAGAAAUUCGCCUACAUCUCACUCCUUGAGGAGGUCCCGACCGCCUUCCGUCUAGGGGAAAUUUUUCUGCGUUUCCAUUAUCAUGUCCUCCUCCCGUGCUGCUUGCUGCGACCAGAUACAUGUGCUCUUAACAAUUUUUGGCCUGCAUGUGAUGCUUAUCGCUGCUCAGGCGAAUGCUACACGUCUCGCCUCGCCCGCAUCUCGUCCGCAUCGCCCUUGCUCACUGCUCCGUUACGCCCAUCCCCUUUCCCACCAUCAGACCUCUAAGGACUCCAAGCAUUGCCCUUGACUGUGAGCGACAAACGAGAUCUCUCAGAUCGGAGGUCUAUGGGUUGCUGUUGGGAGGAGCAGGCAUCUGCGAGCUUAGAACUUGCCGAUGAGCAGAUUGCCAAGCAUCUCCCUUGCGGUCACCCAGGCCGUCCAGCCAAAGGUCGGAAAGUCUAGUGUGGAAAAGAGCACGUCGGCCAAUCCGAAGGGCAUCAUGGGAGGAAUCCAACCUGAGAAAGGGGAAGUGCGAAAGCGGAUAGAGAAGGAGGUGUUCAGUGUGGAGCGCCGCGCAUUCACUCAGCUAGCUGCGCUGGACAGACUGACCUUGCGCGAGUUCCAAAGCCCAGCAUCCGGUCUCGGGCAUCAUGUACUGCUUCACCUCCCCUCGCCUCAGAUGAUGCUGCGAUCCUGGGCGGUAGAUC